AAAAACACGUGACUCCUAGCCAACCCACGUUUCAGUCAUUCUUAUGAAACGAAAAACAGUUAAAUACACCCUCUUAUGGAUAACUCUCUUCAGUCUAUUCGGCCUAUUCAAGCAGCUGCUGUCUAAAUGAGGACAUGUCUAUUUACAGGAAUGCCGUCUGGUUCGUGAAAGGACUUCAGGAGUACACAAAGAGCGGCUAUGAAGCUGCAGCGAAGCAUUUCUCUCCGGCCGACCUGGAAGUAAACCUGAGCGACAGGUGCUUUAUGGUCACAGGCGCCAACAGCGGGAUAGGGAAAGCGACAGCACAGGAAAUUGCCAAAAGAGGAGGAACUGUUCACAUGGUUUGUCGAAACAAGGAAAGAGCAGAGACGGCCAAAGGAGAGAUUGUGGCACAGAGCAAAAAUGAGAACGUUCACGUCCACAUCGUGGACAUGUCGAGUGCCAGGCAGGUGUGGGAGUUUGCGCAGAGCUUCUCUCAGAACAACAAGCUGCACGUGCUGAUCAAUAACGCAGGCUGCAUGGUCAACCAGAGGGAGCUAACGGAGGAGGGCUUGGAAAAGAACUUUGCCACAAACACACUCGGUACCUACAUCCUCACCACUGCACUGAUUCCCGCACUGAAGAAGGUGGAAGACCCGAGAGUGAUCACCGUGUCAUCGGGCGGCAUGCUCACUCAGAAGCUCAACGUGGAUGACCUCCAGUUUGAGAAGGGCACGUUCGACGGCACCAUGGCGUACGCUCAGAAUAAGAGACAACAGGUGAUCCUCACAGAGAGGUGGGCUUCUCAGCACAAAGAGAUCCACUUCUCCUCAAUGCACCCCGGCUGGGCUGACACGCCGGCCGUGCAGUCCUCCAUGCCUUCGUUUCACGCCAAGAUGCAGUCCAAGCUGAGGACGGAGGCCAUGGGGGCAGACACGGUGGUGUGGCUCGCCGUGUCGCCUGCCGCCGUCAAGCUGCCAAGCGGGCAGUUCUUUCAAGAUCGUAAGCCGGUGGCGACCCACCUCCCCCUGGCCUCGUCCCGCUCCUCUCCGCAGGAGGAGGAGAAGCUCCUGGCAGCGCUGGAGGAGUUUGCCCAAAAGUUCAAACCUUAGUAUCUAAAAAAAUUUUUUUUUAAAAAGCACUCCGAUGACACUAAAUAAAUGUUUCCAAAAACCUUUCAAACUAAUGAAACAUGUUUGACUGAAAUAACAGGAGUCACGCUUUGAAAUGCUUUAUUGAGGUUGGAUAUAAAAAUGUUUGUGUGAAGAAUUACUUUUUUUUUUUUUGUUUUUCCAAUGCUUUUUGACAUGGAAGUUUUAAAUAAAUUGCAGUUAAUAUGCUGUAUGCACACAUAA